GGGCGCAGCUGCCCGGCCUCCCCCCACCCGCCGCAUUAUCACUGCCCGGCAGCUGUUCACCUUCCCCCUCGCCAUGGGACACGGCUCUGCUGCCACCCUGGCCCCGGCCGUCACAUGAACGGCCCUCGCGGCAGGGCAGGCACCGAGUGGGCAGGACACCCCGCGCCCCGCCGCACCCCACCGGUGCUCAGCAUCUCCCUCUCCGGCGUGGCUCCGGCACCAACACGUGGGAGCAGGCUGGCUGCGCCGGCGCCCGUGAGGCUUGCGGCACCAGGGUGCUGACACCCAUCCCCUGGGGUGCCUGGGGGACCCCCCACACCCCCAAUCCGGACGGCCACCCCUCCUGGGCCACGGUGGCAGGCAGGACUGGCCAAGAUAACGCGGAGACGCGGGCCGCCACCAUGCCCGACUCGCCGGCGGACGUGAAGACCCAGUCCAGGUCCACGCCACCCAGCAUGCCUCCGCCGCCACCGGCCGUCACGCAGGGAGCCACGCGCCACCCCUCCUUCACGCCAAACACCAAUCGAGACGCUGGCCCUCCGACGUUUCUGCCUCGCGGCCGUUUUCAUGGUUGCUUGAAAUGGUCGAUGGUCUGUCUUUUGAUGAACGGGAGCAGCCACUCGCCAACCGCCAUCAAUGGGGCCCCAUCCACCCCCAACGGGUUCAGCAACGGGCCGGCCACCUCCUCCACCGCCUCCCUCUCCACCCACCAGCUCCCGCCGGCCUGCGGUGCCCGGCAGCUCUCCAAGCUCAAGCGCUUCCUCACCACGCUCCAGCAGUUCGGCAACGACAUCUCCCCCGAGAUCGGGGAGCGGGUGCGCACCCUCGUCCUGGGGCUCGUGAACUCCACGCUCACCAUCGAGGAGUUUCAUGCCAAGCUCCAGGAGGCCACCAACUUCCCGCUGCGACCCUUCGUCAUCCCCUUCCUCAAGGCCAACCUGCCGCUGCUGCAGCGGGAGCUGCUGCACUGCGCCCGCAUGGCCAAGCAGACCCCGGCCCAGUACCUGGCCCAGCACGAGCAGCUGCUGCUGGACGCCAACGCCUCCUCUCCCAUCGACUCCUCCGAGCUGCUCCUGGAGGUGGGCGAGAGCGGCAAGAGGAGGACGCCAGACAGGACCAAAGAGAACGGUUUGGACCGAGACUCUCUGCACCCCGAGCACCUCAGCAAGCGGCCGUGCACCAUGAGCCCGGCGCAACGCUACAGCCCCAGCAACGGGCUGAGCCACCCACCCAACGGGCUGGGGCACCCCCCCGCCGGCCCCCCCCUGCCCCAGCACUACCGCCUGGAGGACAUGGCCAUGGCGCACCACUACCGCGACGCCUACCGACACCCCGACCCCCGGGAGCUCCGCGAGCGCCAGCGGCCCGCCGCAGUGCACGGGACGCGGCAGGAGGAGGUGAUCGACCACCGGCUCACCGACCGGGAGUGGGCGGAGGAGUGGAAACACCUCAACAACCUGCUGAACUGCAUCAUGGACAUGGUGGAGAAGACGCGCCGGUCGCUGACGGUGCUGCGGCGGUGCCAGGAGGCCGACCGCGAGGAGCUCAACCACUGGAUCCGGCGCUACAGCGACGCCGAGGACAUGAAGAAAGGCAGCCCCCCCUCCGCCCGCCCCCACAACAGCUCCUCCGCCUCCGAGGCGCCCCAGUUAGACGCUCACCGGGAGUUUGCGCCGCGGCCGCUCUCCGGGUACAUGCCGGAGGAGAUCUGGAGGAAGGCUGAAGAAGCUGUGAACGAGGUGAAGCGUCAGGCCAUGUCCGAGCUGCAGAAGGCCGUGUCGGACGCUGAGCGGAAAGCCCACGAACUGAUCACCACAGAGCGAGCCAAGAUGGAGAGAGCCCUGGCCGAGGCCAAGCGCCAGGCUUCGGAGGAUGCCCUGACCGUCAUCAAUCAGCAGGAGGACUCGAGCGAGAGCUGCUGGAACUGCGGGCGCAAAGCGAGCGAGACCUGCAGCGGCUGCAACACCGCCCGCUACUGCGGCUCCUUCUGCCAGCACAAGGAUUGGGAGAAGCACCACCACGUCUGCGGGCAGACUCUGCAAGGGCUGCCGGCGCCCACCGCCCCCGCCGCCGGCGUGGGGCUGCCGCCGGGUCCGGGACAGCCCGACGGGGUGGCCACCGUCGCCAGCAGCCCCAGCGAGGCGGGCUCGGCGGCCGCCUCCCGCGCCGGCACGCCGGCCACCCCGGCCCCGCUGGAGAGCGCGUCCCGCUGAGCCGCCCUCGGGCCGCCGCCGCUCUCCGAAAGGCACGGACUGCACUCGAUGCCAUUUCCUCAGCUACCUGACUCGUGUGACCUCCGAAACGACCUCUCUAGCUCUCACAAAUAAUCCUCACGGAUCCUCAAACUGGGCUUUAAGUGGAGUUAAGGCAAAUACCGAUCUUCUCUGUUCUCUCUUCGGUCUUUGUUUUGGCUUUUUUUGGUUGGUUUUCUAUCGGUUGGGGGAUUGUGGUUCACUUUUUUGUUGGUUUUUUGGGGUUUUUUGGUCCUUUUUUUUCUUUCCGGAUGAGGGAUUUGGCUGCAGCCUCACCACGCAGCGACGUGGGGAGAGGCCGGCCCGGCCCUGGCCCCCAUCGGUGCUGCCGAGGGGCUCGUUCGCAGGAGGAAAGAAACUUCUUUUCUUCGUCUCUCUCUUCCUUUUUUUCCUUUUUUUUUUUUUUUUUGUAAAAAAAAAAAAGAAAAUAAAAAAGAAAACGUCGGACUCUUUGGCUUUAAAUAAGAAAUUGUAAAAAAGGAAAAAAAAAAAAGAAAAAAAAAAAGAAAA